AUGUCUUUCGACGCCGGCGCUGUCGAGCGCUCCGAACAGCUCCGCCUGGUAACCUUCACCGCCGACGCAGCCUUCGAGAUUGGCUGUCGUCUCCGCGCCCACAUCCGGUCAAACUUCCCCUCCAAGCCAGCCAUCAUCGACAUCCGCGCUGUGGCAGACGACCAGCAGUACUUCUUCGCCGUCUGCGCGGAGGGUAGUCAGCCGGACAACAAGUACUGGGCUGAGAGGAAGCGGAGGAGCGUGGUUCGGUGGGGCAAGUCGACUGCUUCUCUCAGGCUCAAGUGGCCGCAGGGCAUCCCGAGCUACUUCGCCGCUUCAGAGGACGACUACGCAAUCCACGGCGGAGGCUUCCCCGUCCGCGUACAGGGCAUCGAGCCGCUUGUCGGCACGAUUGUCGUGAGCGGCUUGAAGCAGGAGGAAGACCACCAAGUUAUCGUCGACGUCUUGACCGAAAUCAUCGAGGAACAGAUGAUGGAGCGCGAGGCGAGCAAGUGA